AUGGAUAUUAUUUACGCGUUUUCUCAACUGAGCGACCACGCUCAGAGAGCCAAUCUCAGUAGGGCGGAAAAAGCUAGGGGAGAGGCGGUACCACCAGGUAUGGUUGAAAAACGUCAUCGCGCCGAGGUGUCUGUGGAAUCUACGGCUUCUUGUUUAGACAGCGUGUUGGGGUACUUGUGUGAGCGCUACACUCGAGCGCUAAGGGAUCUCGAGCGGCCGGCUAGCCUCUCACGAGGUCCGAUAGCGAGCUCAAAGGUUAGUAGUGGGUAUCUCACCCCCUUUUCAAAAGGAGAGACUUUUAAAACGGUGAUGGUGCUUCAACUUCUCGCGGCUGGAGCGCGGCAACAUCCUGCCUUGCGGGAUUGGCUGUGGUCGGUGGUUGCCGGGCUACCGGAGGGCGCGAAUUGCGUUGCCAUGACGUUGGAGAUCGUACAACUGCAGGAAGUGUUUUUGUUGAAGAAAUGGGCACAUGUCGCCAAUUUAAAAGGAAUUCACGGUAUUGAGGCGGAGAGCACCAGGGAUGCAUCCCUCAUAGUGGCGGGAGACGCCUGGCUAUCGUCCGUUCUGACGGAAUUAGAAAGCUUGUGCUGGAAAUCUCUCCCUGUGACCUUUCCACCUUUACCUCAGCUUUCCACUAACCAGCCUUCGUGUCCAUCGGAUGGUAAUUUUGAUCAUGGAGUAUCCAAAGCGACCGGUUCAUUUCUUUCCAUCAAUGACUUUUCGGAGUCUCUUUUUAGUUCACUAGACCCGGCAGACGCUCUGCAGGAGCUACCUCCACAGCUCUCCAUCUACGCCCUACUGCGAAACCCAACCAAACGCCAUCUCUUCGUGAAUUCUCUUUUGCGCAAUCCAAUCAUCGAGUCGCCUCUUACUAACGAAGACGCCAUCAGGGAGGCGGCCGAUUGUGGUAUGGGACAUCCUGACCCGUUCAACCCUUUUGCGUUGCUCUCGUCUCGUGCGUAUGCUUGGUUAAUCCCUUUGUGGAGUCAUGAAGAGGAUCACGCGGCAGCGCGGGGUUCUUCUUUUUCCCCUUCUAUGGAGGCUACGUCCAAGUUAAUCUGCCGUCCACCACCCGACGGGGGGUUGUCAUGGGUAUGCUCCUCUGCGGCGUUUCCCGCGCACUACGAAAGACGCCUUCACACGGACUUUACGCGGCACCUCUGCGGUGGCGCGUCUCCUCCUCCUCCGACUCCACCACCAGAAGGAUUCACGGCCGUCACCUCAUCCAAGGCGUUGGGAUCUUUCCAUGAUGAGGAUUCGCACACCGCAAGGAGCUUUACGCCGGACGCGUAUGUCCAACUUCAGAGCAGGGCGUCGUACGAGGCCGCUCUUGGGGUGGCCGCCGUGCUGCUGGCAGAGCAUCUUCAGCAGGCCAGUGUUACCCUCAGUCCGUGCAAUUCUGGCGGCGAUUCUAGGACAAAUGAAACACUUUCCCAUAGUUCUCCACAACCGACGGGGGCCUCUUUUUUGAAGGAAGGGGAUUCCCUUUCCAGGGUGGCCUUUACGGAAUACAGGGGGAAUGAGCUUUAUGGCGCACCUGGCGACGACUCCACGCCACUUGAGGGUGCGCUGACGAUGAUGCAGCUUGACGAAGAGGUGGUGUGUGGAUCAUAUGAAGACUCCACAAAGUCCGCUGGAGGGGAUCCUCUCUAUGGGGAUCUUUUACGUCGAUGCAAUGCCGCAUGGACGGCGCUGGUCGUGACGCUGGCGGUUGGAGGGGGCAUCCCGGCGCAGUUCGUGCGGAUGUGUUUGGACCCCCUUGAGGUCUCUCUUCGAGGCUGCCCUUGCAAGCUGGGUAAAACUUCACAGUGCGCAAAGUUUUUGGGAUUGCGUAAUUACUUAAAGGAGUACUCUUCGUGCCACUCCAAGGCAUCGUCUGGAGAAUUUUCACCACAACACAUCGUAGCCGACACCGCUAAUACGCCUUCCGAUGCACAAGCGAAAACCACAGAUAGUGUUGUUAUUUCAAACCAUCCUAAUGGACCCCUUGGUGGAAGUAGUGGAUCAAACGAUAAUGCGCUUGCAUACCAAGUAAUUUUUCCAUCUCCUAUUUUUCUUCUGCGCGCAGAAGAUGUUGCCUUGUACACGCACAAUUUACCUUUUAUGCGUACCUCCGAGAUAAGCUCAGGGAUGAGAAAUAAUCGGGAAGAAAAGACGUCUGCCGAGGGUAGGAAAGACGCCCCCGAUCUGGUUUCUGAUGAAGCUUGUCCUCCGCCUAAUCCUUUGCUGGGUGAUCUUUCCUUGGACUACCCGCCGCGCUGCAGCUGCGUAUCGAGUUCGAUGGCCACCGUGGUAGCGGUCGCCCUUCGCCACCCCCGAGUUGAGAUGUUUCAGCUGGAGUGUAUUUGGCAGCUUCUUUAUUUCCACCACUGCAAUAAUGGGCGCACGACAGCCCAGACCCCUGAAGGGGCUUUUCAGGUUCAUAAAAGCAAUCCCUCGGACAAUCCAAUUGACUUGCCUGAGGGAAAGAAAACUGCGGAUAGUGCGCAGCGAAGGCCACACGACAGCGAGCACCUGAGCGGAUUACACGGCGACCGCAUAGAGGAAGGGGAACAAAGGACACGUUUAACAUCAUCAGAGCGAAUUCAACACGAGCGGGUAGAGGAAAUGGGGCGUCGUAUGCAGCAAAUUUUCGAUUGUUUUGCGUACAGUGCCCUUGCCGGGGUGUCGCCGUGCAGGACGUGGGAACGGAAAAGCAGUAAUGAAGAGGACUCAGUGAAAGGCAUGCGCUUAGUUGGAUGCGACGACAAAAGCAAACCAUCGACCGCGCCAAAAGAUGAUUAUAGGACUGAUCCAGAGACUCACCUUUCAGGAUUACCAAUGGAUUCUAGAAGAAUCAAUUUCAACCAUGUCAGUACAGGAACGCGGCGUGUUCUGAGGCUUGAAUUAGCAAAAGAAACUAAAGCGAAUUCAUCGACUUUUACCGUUCGACAGGAUUCGGCUCCGAAAUCCAGGAUGCAGUCUCUCGACGUCGAAGAAGAUUCUCUUAAUAGAAAAGAGAGCAUAACUGUUGAAGAGAACACCAAGGAUCUUUUCCGCAAUAAAAGGGAAUGUGAAAUUGAUAUGCAAGCCAUGCUCCAGCUUGUGGCAAAACUAAGCAUCCCUUUAGAAGCUACCGGCCUCUCUGCAUCUCUACAAAAGAUAAUUGAUACUCUGUUGUUGCCACUGGAAACGCUCUGGACUACCUGCACAACUAGCGAUGCGGGAAACUCUACAUUGGUUCCACUCAACACCGUGGAACACGAUAAGAGAUAUUUGUCGCUUUCACUUGUUUCUUCAAAACGAUCUGAUAGAACUUGCGGGAAUUUGCGAGAAACCAAACUCACAGAAUUCACUUUGCAAAGGCAAGAGCGCCGCCAACUUUUGACUCUCACUACACCUGAAUAUGUGAAGCAGUUCCAAAAUGUCCUGAGUAUUCUCUUUCAAAUACCAAGUCUGGAACACCACAGCACUUCCAUUGCAAAGUCAGGCGGUUGUAAUGUCAAUCCAUUAUACUUCAAGUCUGCUGUUUUAGCAGUGCAGAGCGCCACGAAAGCAACCGUAGGGACCAUCCUUUGUUUUUGCAUUUAUCGUUUUCUACUUCAUUGUUAUUUGCAGGUCAGUAGCAAUUCUUGGUAUGGCGCUACUCUAUUCGUCACCAAGGAGGUUGGAUUGCCGAAGAACAUCAGCAUAGACAGAGCUCCAUCAGAAAUCACAUUUGCAAAGCAAGAAGCCAACCAAAAUUGUGAACCUUUGAGGCUAUCAGACGGGGUAUCUCAAACCGAUGCACAUGCUUCUUUACAAAGAAAACUUCGUUUAGUUGUGCAACACACCACGUCGACUCUAAAACCCAUUUUACAAUCAUAUGUAGGAGCAUGUCUACCCAGAAACAGAAGCGAUAUUGAGGCGUCUCAAAGCUUCAGUGGGUCUUUCAGAGGAAGAAUCAUGGAGGUGGAAAAUAAACAUGAGAGUAAAAAAAUAUUUUACGGGCCCGUAUCGUGCAUACUGUUACCGAUGGUUUUAAGAGCUUAUGAAGCUGCACUGAAGCCCGUACUGCAUGAUGCCAAUAAUCCUACUGCGCCAGAACUAUCAGACUUAAAAGAUAUACUUAAACAACACGGAAUAAUUCCAUAA